CAAUUCUUGGAUUUUAUCUUUUUAUGAUCUUUUUCUUCUCAAAAUGUUUAUAAAAUAUGACUUAUAUUAUGCCAGAAGAGUGGAAGCAUCUUGUGUUUAUUUAUUUUUGGUAAGUCUCCUGACUGGACUCGAAGUUUUCUGUCCUCGCACAUAUGACCUCAUUUGUUAGUCUUAAGGAUAUCAUCUUGUUGGGCUCAAUGGGAUAGAUGACAUGUUCCUAAAGGCCCACUUUGCGAUUUAAGUAGAAGAAACCCAGAAGAAAUAGUUUGUAGUUCCAAUAAAAUACUUUGAAGGAAUAGUCACUCAAAUACUGAGUCAGGCUGAUGAAGACUUUGGUUCAAUCGAGUGGAUGAUCUAAGAAAAAUUAAUCCAUUAUUACUUGAAUGACUCACAGAAAAGAAGCAAACACAUUUGAACUGGGCUUCAUGAGGAUUAUGAAUCUCUAGCAGGACAUAUUUCAAGUGGGCUUCAUAAGGAUUUUCCUGGGCUGUUGGUGUCAGAGUACUUUUGAUAAUUGAUACACUAGAUUUUCCGUUUGUAUUUUAUUUUUUCCUUUAUCGUCCUUAAUUCAUUAUUUUUCGUGUUUGUUGCAUUUCAACAUGUCAACUAUUACUCCGUGGUUCUGAGAUUUGGCAUGCUUACAUAUGUUAUCAGUUCAAUUGAAUUUUCAUGUCCAAUACCCUGAUCAUAUGCCCAAAGUUUGGAUGAGAUACAUGUGCUAACAUUAGUCUCUUUUAGGCGGAAAAGAGUUUAGUAAUUUUUCUUGCCAUGUUGUUUCUAGUCUUUUGAAGAGCCACUUGAUUAUCUCUUAUCAAGAGAAAGCAAUAAAGCCGAAAAAAUGUCACUUGAAAAGAUUUGGUGAGCUGAAACAAGUUUUAAAGUUCAUUGCCCCUGUACAGAGAUGAUUAAUUGGAAGUUUUUUUUGGAAAUGGGAACAUCAUACAUGAACUCCUGCAGUUCUUAUAGUCAAAACCUGAUACCUUAAAAUACAUAGGCUCUCAGUGUGUUAAAUCAGAAAACUUGAGAAAUUUGCCAUACAAUACUGAAUGACCCAUAAGUAUCUCAAAGAGGUUCCUUGGGAGCAUUUGUUUCGUUUCAAGCCAAUGCAGCUACUAAAUUGCUGUCUGAAGAUAUAGGGCUUCCUGCACUCAAAUUUUCAUCUUCCUAUUGGUUUUUUUAGUAGUUGUUAUUGAUACGAUCUCUCUCAAAUAGUAAUAGAUUCUUGUUUGGUCUCAAUGCCCUCUACACUGCUAUUUUAUAUUAAAUAUGGCUAGUGUUCUGAUAAUUUUGGAUCAAAUAUUCAUGAAAGUACAACAUUAUCUACCUUGCUGGUCUAAGGAUUAUAUAGUCAACCUAUUAUCCCUCUGAAUUAAGAGCCAAGCUUAUGGGGCCUCACUUUUUUAAUUUUUUUUUCAGUUUUAUGUGUCAAGUAACAUUGCCACAUGAGCAAGUAACUUGUCUGAUCUCAUAUUUGUUGUGUCAUGACACAUGUAAUACUGUUUAUAUUUGAUCCAAAUGGUCCAUUGGAUAUAUGUUAUAAUCAGUAGGCCAUGAAAAUAUACUUUCCACUGGACCUCCAUUGUUUGUUCUGUUAUAGUGGUCUGGCUAACAAGUUAUCUGAUAUGUACUACAGCACGGAAAUAUCACAUUCUUAGUAUUUGUGUUGGGAGGCAUAACCAUGUGAUUCCUCAUUGCAUAAGUAUUUUGUUGACCACACUGUUUUAGUCGUCACCACUCAUUCAAUAUGAGAAUGCUGGCCAUAGAGCAUCUGCUCUAAGGGUCCUGUGUAGGUUGUUGCAAGCAGUGGUAGGGCAUGAUGUUUUAUAAAAAAAAAGUACAUUUUACUCCCUCUCCGAAUUCUUGAUGGUGAGUUGGAAGACAAAACCAUGUGAUCCUUCAUCUGUAACAACACAACCUAAAUAUUUCUUGACCACUCAUUCUACAUUUCAAAGGAUUUCUUACAUGCGCUUGUACCUAUAUAUACACACACAUAUUAGUGAGUCUACAACCAACACAACUCUUUAUCAUUUUUCACUCUCAAAGCAUUCAUUUGUUUUGCAAACUCUUUGUGAUCUUUGUCUCUUUUCUUGUUCAUACAACAUAAUGGGUUUCCGCAUGCCUCGUAUUAUUAAUGCUAAGCAAAUUCUCCGCAUGCCUUUUCUGGCAGCAGACCAAGCAACUUCAACAGCUCUAAAUGUCCCGAAAGGCUAUUUUGCAGUUUAUGUUGGAGAGAGUGAAAAGAAACGAUUCGUGGUUCCCAUAUCAUACUUGAACCAGCCUUCAUUUCAGGACUUGUUAAGUCAAGCUGAGGAAGAAUUUGGUUUUGACCAUCCAAUGGGUGGUCUCACAAUUCCCUGCAAAGAGGACAUCUUCAUUGAUAUCACUUCUCAGUUGAGCAGAUCAUGAGACAAUUCUAUGCAUAUAGACACAAUUUUGUAAAGCAGUAGUCAUCAUUUCCAUAUACAAAUUUUAACUUUGUACCCAUUUUAGAUAGGAGAUAGGGGAUGGAAGAAAGUGUCCCCAUGUUUCAAAAUAUUAUAUAGUAUAGAUCGUGUUGUUCUCAGACAACUUCAAAAGCAAAUACAUUGUUUCAUUGAAAUCUUUGUUUC